AUGGGCCUCUUCAGCAAGAAGAAACCAGCAGCGGCAUCCUCACCCGCUGCAUCGACUCCUGCUGCUCCAUCGUCGCGUACGCAACGGCCCACGACCAGUAAUGGCCAGCAACAGCAACAACAACAAACCCCCACGAUCCCCGAAGCGCCUGUCCCUGCAGGCCCCUCUGCAGAGGUAGAUCCAGUCGCCUACCUCAAAUCUCUACCCUCCAUCCGUGCACGCGCUUCGCAAGUCUACGCGGCCCGCAACAACCUCGCCCACUUCACAUUCAAUGAAAAGGCGAUCCCCGAGGUCGUUGAUUUCGUUGUGAGUAUCAUCAAGCGGGAUUAUGGGAGUGAUCAUACGAGUAUACCGCCGCAUGGUCGGUGGCAACACUUCAAUGUCGGUGGUGCAAAACGCGUGGAAAAGAUGAUGGCAGCGUGGUCCGGCGUACCACAAGAAGAACAAACCCGUCGCGUCCUUGACUUGUUUCUCGUUUCUGUACUGCUGGAUGCAGGUGCUGGCAAUGCUUGGUCGUACAAGGCGGAGAAUGGCAGACUGUACAGGCGUUCAGAGGGACUUGCUGUCGCAUCGCUCGAGAUGUUUACAAGCGGUGCUUUUUCAUCCAAUGCACACAACAAGAUGCAGGUCGAUGCAGAGGGUCUCGCAAGUAUUACGCCUGAGCGGAUGGCUUCUGGUCUGCAGGUGACACAAUCAAACCCAAUGAGCGGCUUAGAGGGAAGAACGUCGCUCUUAUCGCGCUUGUCGCAUGCACUCAAGCAGAGUCCAGAGCUCUUUGGCACAGCUGCACGGCCGGGCCAUCUCUUGGACUACCUUCAAUCACACCCAUCUAGUCUACGUUCCGAAGAAGGGACUUCUGUACCCGUCACUCUACUCUGGUCUGCACUCAUGGAGGGACUUGCAUCAAUUUGGCCAGUUGGACGUACUCACCUCGAUGGCAACUCGCUGGGUGAUGCAUGGCCAUACUCUCGUCUCCCAACAUCUCCUCCCCAUGCAUCAAUCGUGCCCUUCCACAAACUCUCACAAUGGCUCGCCUAUUCCCUCAUGCAGCCUAUGACGGCACUCAGCAAGAUUCACUUUUCCGGUGCAGGACUCCUCACAGGACUGCCAGAAUACCGUAAUGGUGGUUUAUUCAUUGAUUUGGGUGUCUUGACAUUACGCAGAGAAGCAGCAGAGCGUGGACUCGAACAAUUCAAGCAGAAUGCAAAAUUACCAGGCCAACAAAGUGUCGAGGUUGUACCGACGUUUGAACCGAUGGAUGACGUGAUUGUUGAGUGGCGUGCCAUGACGGUUUGCUUGCUGGAUGUUGUGCAUGCGCAAGUCAACAAGAAACUCGGAUUAUCGGGCCAACGCAGUUUGUCAUUGCCCCAGGUGUUGGAGGCUGGUACGUGGAAGGCCGGUAGGGAGAUUGCAGAGGUGCAACGACCUAAUACGCGUGGAAGUCCUUUGGCUAUUCUCUCGGAUGGGACGGUCUUCUAG